UGUACUUCCUAUCACAAUCCCUCCUCUCAUUCCCCAGGCAGACCUAAACCCUCGAAUCAAGUGGCUAUCACACACCGUCAGGCUCUGAAAAUUCCCAGUAAAAGUCCACCUUUUGCCUUUUCUCUCUCCUCUUCCAGCCACCGACAUUCCACAAAUCCGCCAAAAUUCCACUUGCAUCACAAUUCUCCGGCACUGCCCAUUUCUCUCCACGGUGCCCAUUCAACUGUCGAGCCUUACCUUGAAACUUGCCGCCAAGUAGCCGCAAGGCAGUCAGGCAGUAUCGCUUGCCUUCAUUAUUGUCAUCCCUCCUGCUUCGCCUCAAACUAGUAUCUGGCCUAUUAUUUCUCCUUCAACCAAACCCCAUCUCAAAAACUUGUCACCCUUUCUACCGUCCGUGCGAAGACAAGAAUUCUUUAUCCCCGAAACGAUCCUCGCCACGACCCGUUCCUUGGGCCUUAGUUCCGACCUGCCAUUGGGCUACAUAGUGACUGACACUUCCACUUGGGCCUCUCUCACCCUCUUCCUCCACUCCCACCGGUCCGCCCCGCCACAACCUUGAGAUGUCUCAUUACGACGACGAUAGAUCUCGUCGCACUCGAUCCAACCGCGAUCGAUCCUAUAGAGAUGAUUAUGAAGACACAGUCUACGAUGUCAACUCAAAAGACACCCGCAUCGUAAGACGUCGUGACGAUAGUUCAUCAUCUAUCGAGGAAAUCCCGAGGAACGGCCAGUUAUACCGCGAAACUAUCACCCGCAAAAGUGGCCACCGUCCAGUCCGUACCAGAUCUGACGAUGAUCGUUACUACGACGAUCGGUACUAUGACGAUCGAUACGAUGAUCGCUCCCUCGUUUCUCGACGACGACACGACGACGAUUACACUGUCGCCUCAAAACCAUCGAGAGGACGUGACUACGAUGACAGACGCCGCCGACGUCGUGGCUCGUAUUCCUCUUCCUCUUCUCGCAGCCGAACUCCUCCCAAAAAGGAAAAGGAACGCAGAAAAUCCACCACUGAAGAACUGCUAGGCGCUGUUGGCCUUGGAGGCCUUGCUGGCGCCGUCUUGGGCAGAAGCAAAGACAAAGACAAAGAUAGAUCGAGAUCGAGAUCGAGAUCCAGCGACCGCAGUCGUCGGAGUCGAAGUGGUCGCAGUCGAAAGUCUUCCUCUGACCGCUCUAAAAACAACAGGAGCAAAAGUCGAGGUCCCAACAAGGGACAAAUUUCCCAGGCAUUGAAGGCUGCUGUUCUGGCCGGUGCCGGUGAGGCUUUUCGCGCUCGCGGGGAAAAAGGCGGCUGGGGCGGCGAGAAAGGCAAACGUGUCCUCACAGCUGCCCUGGCUGCUGGCGGUGUCAAUGGUUUGACCACGGCAGCUCGUGAUUCAGAUGAUCACAAGAAGCGCGACGUUGUCGGAUCUGCCUUGGCUGGUCUGGCUGCUAAUCGCGUCAUCAACGGCCCCCGAUCCAAAUCUCGUGGUCGUGACCGUGACGAAAGUCCGGAUGAUCGCGGCCGAAGCCAAUCUCGUGGGCUGAAAGAUGUCGCUGUGGGAGGUGUCGUUGCUGCUACUGCCAAAAAAGCCUAUGACUCGAUCCGUUCCCGUUCUCGGGGCCGUGCUCGCUCUCGAAGUUCUUCCUACGACAGCCGCGACAGCCGCGACAGCCGCGACAGCCGCCAGAGCCGCAAACCUCCAAAACGAAGUCGAAGUCAGAGUGUUUCCGCGUACGCCGCAAAAGGUCUGGCUGCACUGGGUUUGAAAGACCAGGCAGACAAGCUCGAUCCCGAUCGUGACCGCAAUCGCGACCAUGAUUAUGAUCGUGAUUCACAUCGACAGAGACCAAGCAACGAUGAUUAUUAUUAUGACGACGGACGAUCUAGCCGCAAUGGAGGAUAUGGUUACAAUGAAUCAGCAAAUGUAGGUACUAUUCAACCCCGUUAUAACCGUCAACCACAUGGGGGUCCACGCGCCUCGAGUGUGCCGGGAGCGGCUCACUCUGGCUACAAGCUCGAUUAUGGACCCCGCCAUACCGGUGAUCCAGAAACAGACUCAGAUUCUGACCUGGGCUCCAGUACCGACGAUGAAAAGAACAUAAAGAAGAGUCGCAAGAAGCUACUCCUCACCGGUGGUUUAGCGACAGUAGCGACGAUCCAUGCCGCCAACAGUGUUUAUGGGAGCAUGAAGAAACGAGAGGAGAGAUACAAGGCCUUGGAGCAAGGUGACAUUAGUCCCGCCCAGGCAAAAACCGAAAAGAACAAAAAUAGAUUGCAGGAUGUCGCCAGUAUCGGGAUUGCUGGCCUCGGUAUCAAAGGAGCUUACAGCGAGUGGAAGGAGACCCGCAACAAGUCACUUCAGAUUGAUCAAGAGAAAGAGAAGCGAAAAAGACAUGCUGCGAAACGAGAAGCCCGACGCCGAAAGGCAUAUCUGAGUGCCAACAGUUAUGCCGACAAUGGCUUUACUGGCAGCAUGCCCGACCUGACUCACUUGCCUCCCGAUCCUUAUCCGCACUCGGCACCAGUAUACGGUCAACCUCCGUAUCCGUAUGGGACGAGUGGUUCAUUCAUCUACUCUGACGGCAACCCUUACGGCGCUCUUUCACGACCUCCAGGCUUUGUACCGACGCCGCCACCACCAGCCCAAGCUCCACCCCAAGCAUAUGGCGAACCAUUCAACAACCCUCCAUUCAGACCCGACACCCGAUGACGCUCUGCAUCAACUUUCCCUAUUUCCCAUCGACUACGGCGUUGAUUGCUUUUGGGAAAUCCCCAACUACGAUGAUCUUGAAUCGACGAAAUCUUCCAUUAUGCUGGAAAUGACCAUGAUGAAACAACACGAUAUACAAUCUUGCAUGAUCUGAUAAUAUUUCCGUCCUGAAUACCCAUUGGUCUUGGAGACAUCUCCGCCCUGAGCCGUUCACACGAAUGGAAUUGAUGAUCAGUUGGUGGACUGAUAAUGACAUGAAUCAUGUUUCAUAAACGAAUGCUAGAGCUAUCAAUAAUGAUCAAGCCAUGAUUUUUCCUUUUA